UAUUUUAUUGACUCAACACGAUUUUUGUCAAGAAUCUUAUUUUAUAAAUAUUUGGAUUUUCUUUAAUAUAAAUUUUCGUAAUGGUUUCUUCACCCGAUGAAUCUAGAAUGGCAAAUAAAGAAAGAGCUAAACCAUCCUCGAUGGAUCCAGGUCAAGAUAUCCGUACUAAAACCGGUGGUGCAUAUAUUCCACCGGCAAAAUUACGUCUGAUGCAACAGAAUAUCAGCGAUAAGAAUAGUGAAGCUUAUCAGCGUUUGGCAUGGGAAUCCUUAAAAAAGUCUAUCAAUGGUCUGAUCAACAAAGUUAACGUUUCAAAUAUUGCAUUUAUCGUGAAAGAAUUGUUUGCCAUCAAUUUAAUUCGUGGCCGAGGUCUACUUUGCCGUUCUAUUCUUCGUGCUCAGCAAUCUUCGCCAACAUUCACACACGUUUAUGCUGCAUUGAUUGCCGUAACGAAUACAAAAUUUCCCAAGGUCGGCGAACUUUUACUCAAACGAUUGAUUGUUCAAUUUAGGCGUUCAUUUCAAAGAAAUGAUAAAUCGAAUUGUAUCAAUAGCACUCGGUUUAUUGCUCAUUUAUUCAAUCAAAAUGUAGCGCAUGAAAUUUUAGCAUUAGAGAUUUUAGUCUUGUUGCUGGAGAACGCUACAAAUGAUUCGGUUGAAGUGGCCAUUGCGUUUUUGAAAGAAUGUGGAGCAAAACUUGAAGAAGUAUCGCGCCAAGGUGCUGCAGGUAUAUUCGAACGACUUCGCACAAUUCUUCAUGAUGGUGAACUCAAUAAACGUGUUCAAUAUAUGAUUGAGGUCAUGUAUGCCAUACGUAAAGAUAAAUUCAAAGACCAUCCGUCAAUAAUGCAGGAACUAGAUUUAAUUGAAGAGGAUGAACAAUUUACCCAUUUGAUGACAUUGGAAGAUGAUUAUGAAACUGAAGAUCGACUUAAUGUAUUCAAAUUAGAUCCAGAUUUUCAGACUAAUGAAGCCAAAUAUGACGAGAUUAAACAAAGUAUUUUAGACGUCGGUGAUGAUGACGAUGAUGAUGAUAGCGAUGAAUCUGGAUCAGAUGAUGACGACGAAGAUUCUAGUGAUGAAGCAAAUGAAGAAGGAGCAACUACGACCAUCAUUGAUAAUACUGAAACUAAUUUGAUUAAUCUUCGAAAAACAAUUUAUUUGACCAUUCAAUCAUCUUUGGAUUUUGAAGAAUGUGCACACAAAUUAUUGAAAUUGGACAUUAAGCCACCACAAUACGCUGAACUGUGUAACAUGAUUGUGGAUUGCUGUGCUCAACAACGUACUUAUAUAAAAUUUUUUGGGCUCUUGGCUCAAAGAUUUUGUCAGAUAAAUCCUGAAUAUGUUGAGCCGUUUGUGGAAAUUCUCAAAAACUGUUAUGAUACGAUUCAUCGAUUUGAAACAUGCAAAUUGCGAAAUGUGGCCAAAAUAUUUGCUCAUCUUUUGUAUACCGAUUCGAUUCCUUGGACAGUGUUGAGUCAUAUUAAAUUGAAUGAAAACGACACGUCUUCUUCUAGUCGUGUAUUCAUAAAGAUAUUAUUCCAACAAUUAGCCGAAUCAAUGGGAUUAGUUCGACUUAAUCAACGAAUCAAAGAUCCAACCUUAGACGAAGCUUUCAAAGGAUUAUUUCCUCGAGAUAAUCCAGAAUAUACCCGUUUCGCUAUUAAUUUUUUUACCAGUAUUGGCCUCGGUGGUCUUACUGAUGAUCUUCGUGAACAUUUAAAAACGGCAUCUUCACAAAAAUUGCCAUUAUUGCAAGAAAAUUUACAGAAAUUAAAGCAGGAAGACGAUAGUACUAGUACUAGUAGUAGUAGUGACAGUUCAGAUAAUAGUUCCGAUAGUGAUUCUUCCGAUGAUAGCUCUGAUUCAUCAUCUGAUUCUUCUACAUCGAAUAAUUCCGAUAGUUCUUCAGAUGAAGAUUCAGACGAUACGUCACAUAAAAGAAAACAUCGAUCAAUUCGUGAACAACGACCAUCCAAAUAUCGAGGUGAAAGGGAAAAUCAUCGGAAAGAAGAACUACAUAAAUUACGAGAUACCAACAAACAUAAGCAUGAUAUGUCUCGUGACUAUUCUAAUUCAGAUCGACAUAAACGAUAUCCGAAUGACAAAAAAGAUACUGAUAAAUAUCGUUUAAAAGAACGAAACCGUGAAAAUGAUAAAGAUCGUAGCCAUCGUCAUCAUCAUCGAUCAAAUGAAGAAAAACACAUUGAUGAUGUGAAAAAGAACCUGAAAAGGGCAGACCGAGACGAAUCAUCAGAUGAUAAAAAACAUUCUAAAAUAAGAAAAAUACGUAGUGAAAUCAGAUCUGAUGAUCAUUCUACUCAACAUCACCGAAAAUAAUCAUUUUAUUUCAUUUCAUAAUUGAUCAAUGAUCAAUUUAUUUUAUUUUAAUGUAUUUUUGUAAUUAUUAUUCUAUAUAUAAAAAAUGACUAUUAAACUCCUUUUCUUGGA